CCAGGCUUUCAUCCCGGCCUUUCAUCUCCAGUCGUCCUGGCAACACCCUCAAAGGGUCCGGGGGGGUUGCCAUGGCACCCAGGGAUGCUCUGAACCCGAGCCAAGGACCCCGCAGCCCCCCCGGGGCUCUGUCCCACCUCAGCCCCUCAGCUCCCUGGGGUGCCCUGCGCCAAGGGGGUGGCAGCGCCAGGAGCAGAGGUGCCCACAGCUGUGCCAUGGCCAUUGGGGAGGACCUGCGCAGCGGCCGCCUCUGGCGGGGGGUGCUGGCGGAGGCCGUGGGGACCCUCAUCUUCGUGGGGGUGGUCCUGGGGGCCUCGGUGGGCCCCGAGCCCCUGGCGCCGGCGCUGGCCGGGGGGCUGGCGGCCGGGGGGCUGCUCCUGGCCCUGGGGGGGCCGCAGGCCAACCCCGCGCUCACGCUGGCCCUGCUGGGCACCCGCAAGCUCGGGGCCCUGCGCGGGGCCCUGGUGAUCCUGGCACAGUGCGCGGGGGCUUCGCUCGCCGCCGCCGCUGCCCACGCCACGCUGCCGGACGGCACCGGCCUGGUGCCCAGGGUGGGGUCGGCGGGGCCGGCACUGGCCUGGGAGACCUUCGCCACCUUCCAGCUGGCACUGGCCGCCUUCGGCACGGCCGAGCGCUCGGCCCCGCAGGCCGGGCUGGCCCUGGGCAGCGCCGUGGCCGCUGGCGCCCUGGCCGCGGGGCCGUUCUCGGGGGGCUGCAUGAACCCCGCCCGCGCGCUGGGGCCCGCCAUCGUCACCGGGGUCUGGGACCACCACUGGGUGUACUGGCUGGGGCCGGUGCUGGGCGCGGUGCUGGCCGGGCUCUCCUACGAGUUCGUCCUGGCCCCCGGAGCCUCCCGGGAGAAGUUGGGCGCCUGCCUCGCCUGCCGGGACGUGGCGCUGGUGGAGACCCCCAGCCCGUCCCCUUCCUCGCCCUCUGCCCGCGGCCCCCCGGCCCCCCCGGCCCAGCGGGACCAGGGCACGGCCUGAGCCCCCCGGGCCCCCCUCUGCGACCCACCCCAGCGACCCUCCACACCCUGACGCCGUCUCCUCGCAGAGCCCAGAACCUUCCGUGGGGGGCAGCCGGGGCUCGGCGUCCCACCGGGCGGAUGAGGGGUCUCUGCAUGAUGGCUCCGGCCCCCCCCCGACCUUUUACUGCCCUCUCUGCCCCCCGGGGGGAUUAAAGGUGCUUGGGGGUCGCA